CACGAACCCGAAGUCGAAGAAACAACAUCCGUUCCAGGUUCUCGCUGUAACGUCUUAGUGCUAGGAUCGUUGAACAGAAUCAUUGGAUUACCAACUACUUGAUACCUCAAGCAGGCUUCGUGUAGUGCGCCAACAUGGGCGGCACGAAACUGACAAUUUUCGCUGCUUUUUUGGCAAUCGGAACCGUGAUCUGCCAAACGCAUGACAGUGGGGAAAUACCAGAAUCUGUGUGCCAUCACACCGAGUGCCAGUCUCUCGGACUCGCUGGUCGCCUUGCACUCGUUACCGGAGGCGCCAGCGGGAUCGGUAGGAGCGUCUGCAUGGUACUCGCUCGAGAGGGCGCCACAGUUGUCGUGGCAGACAGGAACAGGACGGGCUCAAAUGAGACCAUUGGGAUGCUGCAAGCUUCAUACGAGGGCGAUCAUCAGGCCAUCUACGUGGACGUUUCCAACUCGACCGCCGUCAACAAUUUGUUCGAAGAGAUCGAAUCGUCAUUUUCUGAAAGGAAGGUCAGCGUCGUCGUGAACAGCGCCGGAAUCAUGGGAACACUCGCUCUAAUCCAGGAAACAAGCGACGCCGACUUUGACGAUGUGAUCGGCACAAACCUACGGGGGACCUUCCUGAUCAAUCGAGCGUCGGUGAAGCACAUGCUUGCGAAGAAUGUCACGGGCGGAGCCAUCGUCAACAUCGCGAGCAUCGCUGUGAAAAUUGGCUCUCCGCUAUUUUCGUCCUAUUCUGCGUCCAAGGGAGGCGUCGUGUCCCUGACCAAGUCAGUGGCCCUCGAAGUGGCGAGCAAGGGCAUCCGAGUCAACACCAUCCUGCCAGGCCCUGUCGACACGCCCAUGAUCGCAAGGCUGCCCGCUGCACUACAGGUCGCGUCUGUACAGGCGACAGCCUUCAAGCGCCUUGCGCGGCCCAUAGAGAUAGCCGAGACGAUUACAUUCAUGUGCAGCCCCAAGGCCAGCUUCAUGACGGGAGCGGCUGUUGAUGUCACAGGAGGAAUUGUAGCAUAGCAUGAUGAAUAUGGCUGAUGAAUAAAAGUCCCUUGCGGAAUAUGAGCCGAAAA